UAAGAUGCCGGUUAAGCAAAAUGAAAGAUACGAUGGCGAGUAAUCGAGCUAAAAGUGGACCAACUGAGUGAAGCGGUCUUCCGUGGUACAAGAAGUUUUUUGAGAGAAACAAAUUCCAUUGCUGACGAUGGCGAACAGAGAUGUAUCUGAGAGUACCCCUCUCCUAGGCACUUCAGUGGCUUCACCCAAACAAGAGUCGGUCUUUCAAGGAAGAAGACUGGCAUGCGCUGCCGUACUUUUAGCAGAAUCUCUGGAACGUAUGGCCUUCUAUGGCAUCACCUCAAACCUGGUACUUUUUCUCAACAGUAGCCCCUUCUAUUGGGAGGGCACCUUGGCUAGCCAAGCACCAUUAAUCUUCAUGGGAGUUACAUACCUUGUAUCCCCGUUUGGUGGGUGGUUAGCAGAUGCUUGCCUGGGCAAAUUCUCUACCAUAGCGUGCAGUUUAUGCCUUUACUUGAUUGGGAUGGUCUUCUUCCCCGUUGUGGCAAAUGACAACUCGAGGGAUCUGCUGUGUGGGGAAGAGAUGGCGUUUCCAGUUCAGCCUGCAGAAUGCUCUCCAGUGAACGGAACUACUCCUGCCAAUGUGACCUGCCCCACUAGAAAACCUUACUGUGGGACUGUAGUGUACAGUGGACUGGUGCUGGUGGCAUUAGGUGUUGGCACAGUGAAGUCUAACAUCACUCCAUUCGGAGCAGAUCAGGUAAAAGACCGCGGUCCGGAGGCGACUCGCCGUUUCUUCAACUGGUUCUACUGGUGCAUUAACCUGGGAGCCAUCUUGUCGCUGGGAGGCAUAGCCUACAUCCAGCAGAACUACAGUUUCUGGGUGGGCUACAUCAUCCCGGCCGUUUGCCUGGGCGUGUCCCUGUGCGUGUUCCUCCUGGGCCGUAUGUUCUUCAUCACCAAGCCCGCUGACGGCAGCGCCUUCACGGAGAUGUUUAAGAUCCUGGGCUACGCCUGCUGCUGCAAAGAACCCGCUCAACGCAGUAGGCCGAAGCCCAGCCUGCUGGAUGGGGCUAAAGAGACGUAUGGAGGGAGGUUCCCGGAGGAGAAGGUGGAGGAGGUGAAAGCCCUGGUGAAAAUACUUCCAGUUUUUCUGGCGCUCAUUCCUUAUUGGACAGUCUACUUUCAGAUGCAGACCACGUAUUACCUGCAGAGCCUCCAUCUGAGGAUCCCUGGCCCCAACAUCAGCAGCAACAGCACCUCCCCCAACCCCAACGACAUCACGUUCAGGUUCCCGGCGGCCUGGCUGACCAUGUUUGAUGCGGUUUUGAUCCUCAUGCUCAUUCCGCUAAAGGAUAAAGUGGUGGACCCCAUUCUUAAACGCAAGGGUCUUCUGCCCUCCUCCCUCAAGAGAAUCGCAGUGGGCAUGUUCUUCGUCAUGUGUUCAGCGGUCGCCGCUGGGAUUUUGGAGACGAAGCGGCUGGACAUCGUGCGAACGCGUGGCACGGUCGAUCAGGUGUUUGGGCGGGUGACGUACUACGCCGCCGACCUGCCCAUCUGGUGGCAGAUCCCCCAGUACGUUCUGAUUGGCAUCAGCGAAAUCUUCGCCAGCAUCGCAGGUCUGGAGUUUGCGUACUCGGCGGCGCCCAGGUCGAUGCAGAGUGCCAUCAUGGGGCUGUUUUUCUUUUUCUCUGGUAUCGGUUCUUUCGUUGGCUCGGGUCUGCUCGCCAUCGUCUCCCUCAAGGCCAUUGGCUGGAUGUCCUCCCACAAAGACUUUGGUAACAUAAACGACUGUCAUCUGAACUACUAUUUCUUCCUCUUGGCCGGGAUCCAGGGAAUCACCCUCCUGGUCUUCCUGGUGGUGUCGGUGAAGUACGACAAGCAGAGAGCCAGGGCCAGGAGUCACAGGCCCUCCCUGACCGCUUCCUGACCUCCACGUCCAGACGCUCCUCCACUGGGACCCCCACCAAACAAACACAGCCCAACCACAGGAGUUGCUAACACGUGGCGCGCACCACGACAAAAUACCUGUCGUCGGUUUGAAUAGGGUUCUGUGUGUGUCGUGC